AUGUAAACCAAGGUCGAAGAGCAAAGACGCUCGUCGCACAUACACUAUAGUCUGUGGUGUUAAGCAAGCGGACGAAAGCAAGAGGAGUAUUUUUCAAAAGUAUAGUUUUGUUGUUUAGUGAUCGGAGAAGCAUUUUCUAGCAGAAUUAAAGGUAAAAUUCUGAUCAGCAUUAAUUUCAAUUGGAAUUUAAUAAAAUAUAAUGGAGGCAGCAGCAGAAGUCAUGUCACCACAAGAGCUGUUGGCAGCAGGACGCAGGGACCUUGCAGUGAGAGACUAUAGUUCAGCUGUUGAAACUCUGGCCAAGGUCUGCGAGCAACUUGCCAAGUCACAUGGGGACAUCGCUGAUGAGUGUGCUGAAGCUUACUUGUGGUAUGGGAAAGCUCUGCUAGGACUUUCUAGAGAGGAAAACGGUGUACUUGGUGAUGGUGUGCCAGGAGAUAAUGAAGAUGACAAUGAAGAAGAGAAUGCAGAAGAGAAUGGCGAAAACGCAGGAGAAGAAAAAAGUGAAGAAGCUGUCAAAGAAAAUGGAGUUGUAGAGAAGAAUGAACCAGAGUCAACUACAAAAGAUGAAGAGCCAGGCAGUAGUACUGCUGAACCUGAAGAAUCAAUGCCUGAUGAUAAACCUGGAACUUCAAAUGGCGAAGGUGACGAGUCUAUUGCUAACCUGGAAAACGAUGAUGAUGUUGACAAUUUGCAAUUGGCUUGGGAAAUGCUUGAUUUAUCCCGCAGCAUCCUUCAAAAGCGUUUGGAGACUGGUGGAGAUGCAACACGGGCUUUGCUUGCUGAAGUGCUUCUCGCUCUCGGCGAAGUUGCACUGGAGAGCGAGACCUAUGACAAGGCUGUUGUUGAUAUGAUGAGCUGCUUGGAUAUACAGAGAGAGUUAUACAAGAGUGAUGAUAGACGCAUUGCUGAAACUCAUUAUCACAUUGGUAUCGCCAACUCCCUCGCAACCAACUUCGAAGACGCGAUAACACACUUCAAAAACGCAGCGAACAUUCUCGAAACUCGCAUCAAAACCUUAGAAAACCCAAGCAGCGUCACAGACGAUGCCACCGUCAAGAAAUAUACUAAUUCCGAUCCGUUAUAUACCGUCGAAGGGGAGAUUAAGGAGUUGAAGGAGCUACUACCGGAGAUACAGGAGAAAAUCCAAGAUAUGAUGGAUUACAAAGCUGAGACGAUAAAACGAGUACGCGAAACGCUAUUUUCUUCUAACGGCGAGUCGACAGUGUCGUCGGCUAACGGCGCUGGUUCCAGCAAAGCUGAACCCAAACCGGCCGCCUCCGAUAUCUCCCAUCUAAUCAAGAGAAAGAGGAAGAACAGCGGGGAAGAAUCGCCAGCACCCAAGCGGGUUAAUUCAUGAAUAAAAUAAAUUAUUUCACUGAUUCUGUUGUACGUGAAACUUUAUAUAAGACUAGCAAGAAAGAAGGAUUCUCUCAUAUCAACGAAGAUUUUUUUGGAAAAAGUGUACUUUAAAAAAAUUGUCGUUGUGUCUUUUAAAUUCUUCAAUAGCUCUAGAACCUUGUUAUCAUAUACCUAGGACCAUUAAAGAGGCUCUUACAUAAUUUUUGUACUCCUUAAAUCUCAUAAUUAUAUCGAGGGUUGUUCAGGGAAAAACCGUAAAUUCGCUUUUGAUACGCUUAGUUUUGCGAGGUUAUAACUACAACAUUGUUAGUUUAGGCAAAUGUGUAAUUUUUAAUCUGGUAAAACUUGGUUUAAUAUAUUUGUUCAUUAAAAGAAAAUCAAUUUUUCGAUAACAGGUACGUUAAGAUUUGGGUGAACUGUUGUAGCGUUGUUGUCAUGUCGAUAAUAUCUUAAGAGUCAAAAUAUUUGAACGCUGUCAAUCAACUGAGGUUUUUAUAAUCUGCAACAUUGAAAAAUAGAUUACAAAGAGAGGCAGAUAUCGUUAUAUCUCUUUCGCACAAUAUACGCUCGCCCGUAUAUUGUGCGAAAGAGUUAGCACGACAUCAGCCGCCUCCUAUAAAUCUAUUCUUUAUUAGCGCAGGUUGGUUUCUUGAUAAUAAGGUGAUUCUUAAGUUUUUAAACAGGGAUACACAGCACAUUUUUGAAUCAAUAACUAGUUUCCGACAAAAGCAGGCAUUACUAGGCGGAAUUCCAUGAUAAUAGUAAUAAUAUAAUAAUAGGUAUAAAUUUGCCCCAAUUAAUUAAGUGUUAAAGUAUUUAAGUCUCUAAAAACAAUAUAAUAAGUAGAAAACUGCUAUAUGUUGGAUAUAACUUAAAAGCAGGCGUUACUAAUUGCAAAAUAUGAAGUCUGUUUUUUCAACAUUGUGACAUCAUCAAUACCCUUUAACGGUUAAAUCCUGGAGCAGUAGCACAGAACGCUGUUGCGAGACUCCCGAUUCAAGAUGGCGGAUUUUAAAUCAUAUUUUUAGUUAAUAAGCAUUAUUUAAAACGACUACGCGAUUUAAAAAAAAUCCAAAUCAAUACUAAGCCUGAGUACAGAGCUCAGAGCUGCAAACCGAUGGGACUACACAUACAAAUCGGUUAAGUUGUUACUUUAAAUUAUAUGCAAUAAAUUCUAAUCAGAUGUUAUUAUAAUACUAUGCCCUUAUUGUGUCAGUCUUCGGUAAUAAUCUACUUACUACUAUGCCACAAGAAAUCUAUGCGCACGUCGAUGGUCACGCGGUUGACAAUAAUAUCAUGGAUAUAUGUAUAUUUUUUUUAUUUGAUUUAACUUGUUUUUUUUGAUUGGUGGGGUUAUACUCUUAAAUCAUAUCUUCUAUAACAGAAGAGUCAUUUCCUUGACCAUAGAUAGUAAACUUAAAACCAGUGAUUCCUCUCUUAGCAAGCAUAAAAGUCUCACUAUGUUACACUUGCCAAAUACUCGUCACUUGCGUUGCAGCCUAGUGUACCACAAAGCGUUGCGCAUCUAUUUUUUCGUGCGUUGUAUGUCUAUUACUAAAGCGAAGCCAAUAAUAAUGGAUCAAUGUCGGUUAGGUUGUUAUUUAAAAUUCUAUUGUAUCAAAUUUUACAUAACUGUUAACUAUACUAUCAUUUUAUUGUGUCAACAGUCAGCUACUAGGUACUACUGGUAAAGUAAUCACAGUAGUAAAUGAUGGUCAAGCGUGUGACAAUAAUAUUCAGCGUGCGUUUUAGUUCUGUUUACAAACUGAUCAAACAUGCUACAAAUGUGUAGGAGUGUCAUUGAUGUAGUUCGAACGGUCAUUGAUGUAGUUUGGGUAAAAUUUUAAAUCCAGAGGAAUUGCUAUCUAGUUCGCGUAGUGUUAAGGUGCGAUUUAGAAUUCACAGUUUAAGAUUA